AUGGUGUGCCUAGGACGGCCAAUCUUGGCAGCCAGGAAGCCAGUGAGACGGCACACCCCAGUUCGACUCGCAAGCUCGAGGCCUGCCACCAUCGUCGACUCCGGAUUUUGGACAUCUCUUAUCCCCAAGCCACUCCGCAAGGAAAAUCGCACGAAUGGCACCAAGUCAAAGGAGUGGAAUCCAGCAACCUUCUUCAUUGUCAUGUUUCUGUUCAUCGGCUCCAUGUCGAUUCAGAUGAUUGCCCUCCGAAACCAGUCGGAACGGCACAGCCGACAGUCGACCAUCAGGAUUGGGCAGCUGCGAGAAGCGGUCGAAAAACUUGAAAGAGGAGAAGAUUUGGACGUGGACAAGUUGCUGGGUGAUGCGGGAGAAUCCCCCCAGGACACUGAUUGGGAAGCAGUAUUGAAAGCCUUGGAGAGCGACGAACUUUCGAAAAAGUCUCACAAAGACGGCGCGAAACGGAACCAGUCUCAGAGACAAGAACCUGUCGCUCUGGAAGAGAAAUUGGAGAAGAAGAAACUUGAAGACGGAGACGUCAUGACUGCCAACUCAUCAACUAAGCCACAGAGAGCGAAUCUCGGCGGCAACUUCUUUUAA